AUGUCGGCUCUCAGGGUGAGCAUGGGCUCACUGCACCCCCCUCGAAAUGUCCAGCAAAUUACCAAAGCCGCUCAAGACUACGAAUAUGACGCCCAAAUUCCUCUGCGAUACUGGCUCCGGUCUGCUCAAGCCAUGCUGAAAGAGGCAGAGGUAUAUGUCCGGGAAGGUGAUGAAGAGACAACGUAUCUUCUCCUCUUCCGACAUGCCCACCUUAUCCUUUCUCAGUUGCCGGCCCACCCGCAAGCUAGGGAUAAAGCAAAUAAACUGCUGUUAAAGGAGGCGGAGAAAGAAGUCAACGAGAAUUUCAAGGUCUUGGAUUUGCUAAAGCCCCGAAUCAACGAGCGAUAUGAGCGUUACGUCAAGGUGAUCAAAGAGAGGGAGGCAAGGCGGAGUGCACAAGCGCAGAAUCAUUACGCUAGUGACCCUCCAAGUCCGCGGCCGGCCCAGGCUCAAAGAGCCCAGCAACUCCAAGCACACGAAAAUAAGGAGCUGGCUGUCAGACUUUUGCAGAAGGAAAUCUCUAGGAGAGCUGCGAGUCGACAGGCUGCGCUGCCGUCCGGGAACGAGGCAGAUGAUUUGUCACGGAGGUUGCAGGAGAUUCGAGCCCGAGUAGAAGGGAGGUCCAGUUCCUUCCCUCAGGGCUCAAUCACCCGGCCGCCGGCACCCAUGGGCAGCAACGUGACAUAUCAGUAUCCGACCAUCCCUGCGCAUCAUAUUCAGCCGAUGCUGAGUUCUCCAAUACCUCAUGUAUUAUCUCCCGACGUCCGGAGAGAUAUUCCAGUUCCACCUCCAGCUUUACCUCCAAAACCCAGUAGCAGUGUGGCUGCGCUCCCGCCGCGCCCAGAGAAAGUGACGGAGCAACCUGCGGUGAGGUCACAGACACCUGAACCAACGCAUAUUUUUGCUCCUGCGGCAUAUCUGGAAAACGGCACGCCAUUACGAACUAUAUUCCUACCACCAACAUUGCGGACAACCUUUCUGCGACUCGCGCACAAAAACACGUUAGCCAAUCUGGAAACCUGCGGCUUCCUAGGCGGCACGCUCAUCGCCAACGCAUUCUUCAUCAGCAGACUCAUUAUUCCCUCGCAAACGGCAACCUCGGAUACGUGUGAGAUGACAAAUGAAUCACAGCUCUUCGACUAUGUGGAUUCGGAGGACCUCAUGAUUCUUGGUUGGAUACAUACCCAUCCGACGCAGACGUGUUUUAUGAGUAGCCGAGACCUGCAUACCCAUGCGGGAUACCAGAUGAUGCUGGCGGAGAGCGUGGCAAUAGUGUGUGCUCCUAGCAAGGGAGACACGACCCGCGGUGGCGACUGGGGCGUAUAUCGGUUGACGGACCCUCCUGGGAAGAAGGCCAUCCUCAGCUGUGAGCAGCCCGGAAUCUUCCAUCCGCACAGUGUCGAAAAUAUCUACACUGACGCGCUCCGACCGGGACACGUCGUGGAGGCUAAAGGGAUGGAGUUUGAGGUGGUGGAUCUUCGAGAUAAGUGA